AUAAGGGGAUGGUUGCUCUGCCCGUGGAGGCCAAAGUAAAAGAGAAAGAUUUGUGAUGUAGGUGGAGUUAGUGUAGAUGAGGGAGGGUGAGAAAACAGAGUUUGAACAUGUGCAGAGAAGUGUGAGGAGGGCAGAGCUGUAUUGGGUUAGUAGGGAGUGUUGGUUUUUACAGAAGAGAGAAGACAGAUCAAGCUGCAGGCACACCACACAGCUGUGACAAAGGAAGUGUGAUUAUCAGCUUGGGAAAUGACUGUGUGAAUUAUUAGUUGUUCCGUUCAGAGGCCGGGGUGUUCUUAAUUAGAAAUGAACGGUGAUGGCAGCAAACAGCGUUAUGUGUCAACCUUCAGGAUGCACAUCAAGCCGCACCGUGCAUCGUCUGCACCAGGUAAUGGACCAGGAACUACUGACACCAAGCCUUCUGACAAACAUAUUGACACAGGGUGUGUUAACUCCUUCACUCAUAAACGUCUGGAUCCACCGGUCUUCAUAGAGCCACUGCAGGACUGCUGCGUGGAUGAAGGAAAUGACAUCACGCUGCGGGGGGUUCUCACUGGAAGUCAGCCGAUCAAAGUGUCGUGGUUGCACAAUGGUGAAGUGGCCCGUUUUGGGAAUCCUUCCUUCAAUGGCAGGGAGACGAGUUUUGUGGUGAGGGAAUGCUUGCCGGAAGAUGCUGGCGCCUACACCUGCCUGGCAGAGAACAGUGCAGGGAAGACGUCCUGCUGUGCUGCUGUGUUUGUCAGAGACUUUGAAACUAUCUGCGGUGUGAAUCGUGUCUCAAAUAUCCUGACUUCUGCAUCCAAGAGCAUUGUGGAGAAUGGAAGGUCACCACAGUCUCCCAAAGACGAGCUACAGAAGUCUCCUACCUCCCCAACAGGCUCUGAUAAGCUCAGCCCAGUCUCAGAAGUCAUCCCAAAGAAGAGAGCCAACUCAGGAACAGGUCCAGCAUUACAUUUUGAAAACCCUCCGCAGCACCUCGAGGUGAAGGUGGGAGAAACUGCACGUGUGACGUGUUACUUCGCCGGCAGUCCUCCUGUAGUGUCCUGUUGGAUCAGAAACAAAGACCAGAUAGUGGAUGGUCCAGAGCUAUGGGUAGAAAAUACUGAUCGCAGCAGUACCCUGGUCAUAGCAAAGGCUAAACCACAGCACACAGGUCGCUAUACUGUUGUAGUGAAGGACCGCAAGAGCUCAGCCCAACACACACUCACCCUUUCUGUCAUAGAGAGGCCUCAGCCUCCAGCCUCCUCUCCUGUGAUCUCCCUUGUCUCUGCCACCAGCCUUGUGCUGUCCUGGUCGGGCCCCUGCUACGACGGCGGCAGUGCCAUCCUGGGCUAUGUGGUCGAGGUAAAGAACCAAGGACGCGCUGAGCCUAAGGAGUGGACCGAGCUCACUGCCCAGUGUAAAAGUACCUCGUACAGAGUGUGCUCUGGGCUGCAGCCUCAACAGGAAUACUGUUUCAGAGUGAGGGCCUACAACGCGGUGGGAGUAAGCGAGCCUGGACCAGUGUCACCAGUGGUUACAAUGGAGCAAAAAGAGAAACCACAAGAAGAGGAGGCCCCUCAAGCAUAUUGCUGUGUCACUAUUGACUCUUCACACAAAGUCACAGAUCACUACAAUUUGCAGGAGAAACUGGGAAUGGGUAAGUUCGGCCUCGUGUUCAAGCUUACCCACAAAGAGACAGGACGUGUGUGUGCAGGAAAGUUCUACAAAGGCCGCCGUGCCAAGGAGAGGGAGGCUGCUCGCAACGAGAUAGAGCUGAUGAACUACCUCCACCACCCCAAACUGGUUCAGUGUCUCGCGGCAUAUGAUCACAAGCCUGAGAUGGUCAUGGUCAUGGAGUUUAUUGCAGGUGGGGAACUGUUUGAACGUAUUGUGGAUGACAACUUUGAGCACACCGAGCCUGCCAGUGUGCUCUACAUGCAGCAGAUCCUGGAGGGGAUUGCCUACAUGCACCAGCAGAAUAUCGUCCAUCUGGACCUCAAACCUGAAAACAUUGUGUGCGUCGACACCACCGGCACCUCCAUAAAAAUCAUUGACUUUGGAUUAGCCAGCAGGCUUGAUGGCAAAACACCUCUGAAGGUGAUGCAUGGGACUCCAGAGUUUGUAGCACCUGAAGUGAUCAACUACGAGCCUGUGGUUUUGGCAACUGACAUGUGGAGCAUCGGGGUCAUCUGCUACAUAUUACUGAGUGGUGAGUCUCCAUUCCAGGGUAACAACGAUGUAGAGACCUUGGCCCUGGUCACAGCUGCCCAGUGGGAGUUUGAUGAGGAGAGCUUUGAUGAAAUUACAGACGAGGCCAAAGACUUCAUCAGCUCCCUGCUCAACAAGAACACAAGGCGGAGGAUGUCCUGUGAAGAGGCACUUGCCCACCCUUGGAUGACAUUAGAUCCUGCAGCUCUCGCCACCUCCAAGAGUCUGUCCAAGGAGAAGAUGAAGAGGUUUCUUGCCAGGCAGAAGUGGAAGAAAGCAGGUAAGGCCUUGUUAGCCCUGAAGAGAAUGGCUUUGCUGUCUAAAAGUGACAGCUCUUCAUCUCCUACCAGCCCUGGAGAAGACUCACCCCUGAGCCCAGAGGCAGAGCAUGCCCUGCAGUCCCUGGAGCGCAAGAUGCAAGGGCCGCCUCAGUUUACCCAGAGCCUGGAGGACCAGACAGUAGCUCAGGGAUCCAGUGUCCGUCUCUCAUGUCACCUUACAGGAUACCCUGACCCAGAGGUGGUGUGGCUGUGUGGUAAGGAGCCUCUGGUGGAGUCACCCGCAGUGCAGAUAGAGUAUGAGGAAGAUGGCCGCUGUACCCUGGUCUUAGCCAAAGUUGGCCCAGAGGACUCCAAUAUUUACACCUGUCGAGCCACCAAUGACCAUGGGGAGACGUCCUGCUCAGCCAAACUCAUUGUUCAAGAAUAGAUUCAUUAUUUUAACACUGCAGAGACAAAAUGUAUAAACAGUUGUUUUGUAUGUACAUUCUUGUUUUCAUACAAAUGGGGACCAAACUGUACAUCCUGUACUGUAACUGGAGAUUUAUAACACAUGUAUUAUUGUACAAAAUGUAUGAACAGAUGAAUAUUGUUACAGAGCUACAAGCAUGUAAGGUUGAUAUUUCUUAAUGGGAUUAAGGCAUUGUUAUACACUGUUUUAAACAACAUGUUCAAGCUGAAAUUAUAAAUCUAUUUCUUGCUUUGCCUCAUGGGGGAGUUAUUUAAUAUUCUGCUGGCAAUAUGAGUAAACUGAGAUGUCCCUUUUUUAGAAGCAAAUGAUGCUGAUCUGACUUGUGCUCUUUGAUAUACUUUAAGCUUUUUUUGAGUAGAAUUAAAAAAGAAAGUACACCAAAUUUUUCGUCCUGAAAGAGAUGUAAGCAGUUUUUUAAUUUAAUGUAUAAUGUAAAAGUCAAAGGACUUAUUUGUAAGUUAACUUUACUGUUAACUUUGGUAUGUGCUACAUUUUGAUGGUAUAAAAAGAACCAUCAUACAAUAUGUCUACCAAUACAUGGGUCAUAUCAUAUUUUCACAGUACUGACACAAAAAAUAAACCAUUUUGACAAACUUUUGGUGGAAUAUGAAACUCAAACAGCAGCAUUAAAAACUUAAAUAAAAAA